AUGGUUGUAAACGAAGGGGUUGGCUUUUGUGAGCUUCAAAACACAAUAGAUUUGUCAGGGCAUGGAAAGUGUUUGGAAAAUUUAAGUGAAGUUAAUACUGAGCAGAAAUCAGUCUGUGAAACGACAGAAGGAAGAGGGGAAGAUACCGUUGAGACGCUCCAAAGUGCCUUUUUGAAAUUUAAAAGGAAUAGACAGGUUAGUUUAUGAAGUUUAUCCAGUAAAGUGUCAGACUGUCAAUGGGAGCAUUUGAACAGCUACCGUAUUUUUUAUUACAGCCAAAUAUCAAAUAGAUAUUUUUCUGGUCAAGGACUAUUGUCGCAAUCCGCGCGCACUAGAGAAACACACUGAGGUAGUCCCCACACAUGGCAGUUAGCUCGAUCAGCAAGUUUCUCUUGUGUGCGACAGGCUUAAAUUAAAGUGCAAGUAUCAGGUACAUUCCCAAUCUCGUACCCAGAGUAUCCGAACGGGCAUACUAUACUCUGGGUACGAGAUUGGUACGUUCCAUUCCAGAUUUUGCAGACUUUCCUUCAGUGAAUAUAGCUACAAAUUAGUCAUUCAGUUCCAUUAAACUUGUGAAGUAAAGUAAUUAAAAUUUUCCCAAAUUACUAGAAUAAGCUGCAACAGCUUGCUUUAAUAGAAAAGAAAUUCAAACAAAAUAGAAGUGAGGAACAAAUCAAUAAACUACGAGAAAAGUUUGUUGAGCAAGCAAAGACCUACCUUGGUGUACCUUAUGCCAGACGAUAUCAUGAACCAGGCAGUAUGAAAUUUAUUUUAAUUACUACUAUAGCUUCCGCUUGAUGCAAAGUUAUUUAAUUAAAAUAUUGUAUAAGAAAAGAUUUUGUGUACACAAACAUGGAACAACAUGCACUCAGAAUUUAUCUAUUUUUUAUAUGACCACACCCAUUAUUUGUUCAAGGGCCACACCCACUAUUUGACUUAUGGCAUUAUCCAGUAUUUAUUAAAUGACCACACCCAUUCUGUUAUAUGACCACACCCACUAUUUAUUAAAUGACCACGCCCAUUAUUUGUUAAAUGGCCACACCCACUAUUUGUCUUAUGGCAUUAGUGGAUUACCCAGUAUUUAUUAAAUGACCACACCCAUUCUGUUAAAUGACCACACCCACUAUUUGUUUAAUCUCUAAUAAUGAAGUUCAUCUAUUGCUAAUGUUAUCACAUCUUGGAAAGUGAGCAAAAAAAGGUUUAGUUUUAAAAAUUGGUGAAAUCUUAGCCUGCGUAGCGGCUCUCAGAGAAAGUAGAUGUGAGAGCCGCUACGCAGGCUAGUGAAAUCUUCACUUCAUGGAGGAAUAUUAACUUUAAGCAAUGAGUACUUUUUUGUUUGACAUUUUAAGGUCCUGAAUAUGAUUCUCCACUUUUCCUUGAUUGUUGUGGACUGGUUCGCAAAGUCCUCCGUGACCUGAAAGAAGAUUUUGGAUUCUGUAUUGGUCCUUGGAACCAAGCUUAUAUGGUAGCUCUAUAGUUCUUGUUUCAGCUAUUUAAAUGUUUGAUAAGUGGCAGCAGAGUAAUUUUAUUAAUGUUGUGUAUUUUUACUAUUUUAGUUUGAUACUCUGCCCAAUACUAUUGAAGAUAUAAAAGAUAUGAGACCUGGAGAUUUGGUAUUUGUAUCCGGAACUUUCUACAAUCCCAAAAGUAAGUUAACUUUAAGGAAUCACAUAAUGGCAAUUAUAGGGAAUUAAUUGGAUUCAUCUGUUCUUCUUCCCCUAAAUUACUGAUCCCCACAACAACGUCGGGGCAUAACUCACAAUCUUUUUGUGAUCUCCCAAUGAUCCGAUAAUUAGAUGGUAGUUAGGCAUCUUAAUCGAGCAAUGUACAUCUUAACGAGCAAUGUACUGGUUGUGUAUUUUAGAAAGGAAACAAAAACAUAACAUGGUUCACAUUGAGAUCUGGGCUGGCGACGGAGAAAAAACAAUAGGAGCUAGAUGGCAGAAAGAAAAGUAGGUUUGAAACCUCAUGCAACUCUUGUUAGUGUUAGAAUCAAAACCGUCUCAAAUUUUGUCAAUUCUCUAGUAAAGGGUACAAGUUCGUUGUUUUAGAAUUGAAACAGUUUCUCGUUUGGUUAAUUUUCUCGAUUAGAGUACAAAUUCACGAAUCGUACCAGUAUGUAUCCAAGAGUUACUAUAAUAUGGUGUAUCACUUCAAGUCUAUUGACACGUGGUUGAACGGAUUAUGUAAAAGGUAAUGUUUGGUUAAAAGCUAAAGUAACUGUAACUUUAUUCGUACUAAACUGCUCUCCCUAGAGUUCCGUUAAAGACCUUCCUUUAUUUAUUUAUCCAGCGUUUCUCAAUUUUUCGUGUUAUUCUUUUAGCUUUUGUUCACAGCAUCUAUGGGAGUCGUCCUCCUAUAUUCCUGGGAAAAAGUCAAUAUUUUCAAUGCCGCAGGCAGACGAGCCAGCUGAUGACUUUGGCGAAGAACAAUUUACCAAAGAAACUGAAAAAUCUCAUGAGACAGGUGGGAAAUCGUUUGGACGAAACCGGUUUCAAAAGAAAUUUGAAGACGAUGAUGAAGCUGUUGAAAUCAUUGGCAACCAAGGAAAGAGUGUUCGUAUUGUCGCAGAUACACAGGAACAAAAGAACAAAGAGGAACAAAAGAGUGAAGAAGAUAUUAUUGACUGCAAAGCGAAACCUUAUGAAGAGGAAGAAGUCACUAAAGAUAUGUUUAUUCUUGACGGGAAAGGACUAAAAUCAUACGAAAAAAGGUUUAGCCAAAAUGCCAUUAAUAACGAAGGAAAUGCUGUUUAUGUUGGACUAGUCGCCCAGAAAGAAACGAAGGUUUAUUAUAAAGAAGAAGAUAUUCUUACUUGCAAAUGCGAAGCUUCGUAUCUAGUAGAUAAGGAAGUAACGGAGAAUUUUUAUACUCUUGAGCAGAACGAAGCAAAAGCUCAGGAAACAAUUGGUUCGACCCAAAAAGUCAUUUGCAACGAAGUCGAAGAUUGUUUUGGAAGCAUGACCUUUGAAAACGCUUGCUUUUGUGAAUGGUGUUUAACCCAUGCAGAUGUUGUAACGCUUGAAGAUGAAGAGUUAAAGCAUUGUGAACUAAUACAUUUCAACCAGAUGAUUAAAACUGCAGUAAUGAAUAGUAAUGCUUGUCUCGAUACAGUUGACGAUGGUCCUGGCAUAUCACUAGAUACUAUAAACCAGAGACACUUUUAUUCUGACUUAGAAGUAGGUAAUACUAGUGAUGGUGUUCCUUUGGAUGAUACGCUGGAUGAAGUGGUUCAAGUUGCAUCACGUCCAAACACCGGAGGAGCUGGAGCGGGCAGUCCACGAAAGCAGAGAUUGCCGACACAAGCUGUCAACAGGGGAGGAAAAGGUACGGUGACAUACUCAAGGUAGCUUCCUUCUAAUACACCUAUAAACUAAAAACCAUUUGACCAUCUAUAAUAUUACUUGACAUGAUCAGUAGCUUUAUCAACUCUUAUUAAUCACCUAGGCGGAUCAAGACGAAGAGCAAAUGGCAAUGAUGAUCAAACUAACAAUCCCAGGGAACCUUCAAAACCAUUUUGUGGACCAAGUCCAUCUCUGACCAGAUUACAUCAGAAGACGCCAACGUUUUUCAUUGGUGGACACAACGGAGCCAAAAUGUAAAGGCUGGUUUAUACUAUCAAUGUUUCUGUGAUCACAGCAGGGAUUUUGCGUUGGUGAAUUCCUUCAAACAUUGAAUCAGUUCUCGCCUGAAACAUUUCUUACAAAUCGUUCAAAACCUAGGUUCUACCAAUGCAAAAUUCCUACUGUGCUCAACUUUGUUAAUGUAAGAGAAUCUGAAAAUUGUACCACAGUAAGUUACAGGACUAGGAAAAUUGUACAUGGCUCGGAUUUCAGAUGAAUUCUAACUAAAUUCCCUCAAACAUUUGUGGUUUACACCAUCAAAGUUUCUCUGAUCACAGCAGGAAUUUUAUAUUAAUGAAUUCUACGUAAAUUCCCUCAAACAUUGAAUCAGUUCCCUCAAACGUUUCUUACAAAUCCUUCAAAACCUAGGUUCUACCAAUGCAAAAUUCCUACUGUGCUCAACUUUGUUAAUGUAAACCAGCCUUAAAGUGCAUAUGACAUGAAUUUUUUUAUUUUCUUAAAUGAAAGAACUCUUUAAGCUGUAGUGUAACUUAUUUUUCAGUUUCUUGUUUUCAUGGUUUGUUCCCGAGAUAUUCCAAUUUGUUCGGUAUGUAAAUGAGUGUGAAUAUGUCCUCUAAUUUAUGACGUCACGUUGGUUGCAACUUACACUGGUUAUAAAUCUAUUAACUCUAAAAACUGUAGAUAUCAGUUCACGUUUUUCUCCAGUAUUUUAUCACAUUUACCAGUGAGUGAAGUUAGAAAUUAUUAUCUUGGAUGAUAGCCGUGAUAUUCAACCAUUUUGAAGAGCUUGCAACCAACGUGACGUCAUAAAUUAGCGGACAUAUUCACACUCGUUUACAUACGAUGCAAAUUGAAAUAUCUCGGGAACAAACCAUAAAAACAAGAAACUGAAAAAUAAGUUACACUACAGCUUAAAGAGUUCUUUCAUUUAAGAAAAUAAAAAAAUCAUGUCAUAUGCACUUUAAGUAAGACAAUCUGAAAAUUGUACCACAGUUACAGGACUAGGAAAACUGUACAUGGCUCGGUCAUGACAAUGCAUGGUUCUACAUUAUAGUGUUUAUUUUCUGGACUUCAGGGUUGAAGCGACAUUGUCUUCGCUUGGCUGGAAGAGAAUCUAUGACCAAAACGAUACGACGUUCUUUCUCAAGUGGGUGGAAUGCAAGAGAAAUUUAGAUUUCGCAAAUUUCAGAGAAGGUGAACAGCUGGUCAAUCACAUUCCCAAUGGUAAUCUUCUCACGACCAAGAUAGGAUUGUUGACAAGUUUACAGGAAUUUGACAGAGUGAGCAAUAAAGUACCCUCAUCUAGUAGAAGAGGAAUCCAAAUGAAAGAGUUUGUCCCAGAGACCUUCAAACUUCAAAAUCAAACAGAAAUAGAUAACUUUAUUCACCGUAUUUACCAAGGUAUGGUAAUAUUUGAGUAUGCAUUUAAUCCAUGCACCUUCAACUUAUGUACAUUGAUAUGAUUUCAGAUUAAAAUAAAUCUCUGCAAAUUCAAACUACAUACUACUGUACAUUUGGGGGUGGUGGGAUAAAUAUCCCCCACAAUGACAUUUUGCCUUAGCAUUUCUCUAUAAUUAAUAGUUAUUCAGCGUCAAUUUGCGACCUCUGAAAGGACCCUAUUGCACAACAGCUCUGUUUAAAUUACACAAUAAAAACUGCUAGAAAUUUUUCCGAAAUACCUGUUGUGUUAACACCAUUUUCUCACCACAAAUCGUUUUGUCGCUUCAGAUGGUGAAAUGUGGAUAUGUAAACCAACAGGCAUGAAUCAAGGCAAGGGAAUAUUUCUCAUCCGAAGUCGUGAGGAAUUACUCGAGAAACUGGGUCCAAAAGCUACCAGUCAAGGUCGUCAGAGAUGUUUUCCUUCUCCUGGUAGAGUUGUACAAAGGUAUCGGAUAUAUAUAGUGCAAUCAAGAUAAUCCAGUUGACAGCAAAAUGCAUAUUUUCACGUCUCGUAUAGUACGCUAGCAUUUCAAGCCGUGACAGUACUCAUGAAGGUUAAAGCUCUGUUUUUACUUGUUCGAAACUCUAUUAAAUUCACACGAAAGUAAAUACAAGACAAGAUUUCCAUGCAAUCAUUUAUUUCAAACAGUUUGUUUAAUACUAAUUCGGUGUUCCUGUACGCGUUAUUGAGAGCAAAUGGUGGUCAAUUAGCCUUUCUCACGAUGACGAAUAUCCGCCAUUUUUGGGUGGCAUCUAAUUCUCGUUAACCAAUGCAGACAAUUAAAACAAUGUGAAAAGCAAUUUUUCAAAAUAAACCAACCAUUUACAAAGCAACUUUAUCAUCAUUCGUCCAAAAAAUUAUAAAAAGUCGCUGUUAUGUGGAAGUACUUAUCUCGCAGACUUCGGCUGAAAAAUUAAGCCACCCAAAAAUGGCGGCGUGAGAAAGGAUAAAUAAAUUCAGAAAUUGCAAUUAGUGUUGAUUUUAAUGAAUAUUAUAUUUUGCACGAUAAUGCUUAGUGUUAUAUAUUGAUAAUCUCAUAACACAUGUGUGGUGUGUUGAAAGGAAAGAAGUUGUGUUAUAAAGUUUUACUAAGCUGGCUACAAAUUUCGUUCCAGAUAUAUCCUGAAUCCUUUCUUACUAAAUGGAUACAAGGCUGAUAUUCGCACAUACAUGCUGAUCGCAGGGACCUCUCCCUACAUGGUCUUCUAUCAUCCGGGCUACGUGAGAUUGUCUCUCGUGCCGUACAGCCUGAGUCAGGAGGAAGUCCAUGCUCACCUUACGAAUCAGGUGAGGGAGUACUACCUUGAAUACCAAAUGGAUAACUAUAUUGAAUGGCAAAUAGAUAACUAUACUUCGACUGGAUAACUGUAUUGUUCUCAGAGUUGUAGACUCGAGUCGUGUGACAUAAAAAUUACAAGUCGAGUCCAAGUCACACGAUUCGAGUCAACAACUCUGACUGGAACAAUAUAGUUAUCAUCAUAUAAGUUGACUUGCAAAAUGAGACUUGACAAAAUAACAACUCUGCCAUUCAUAUACGGGUCCAAUAAGAACCGUUUCUGUUUGUGGUGUUUGCAGUGACGUAGACAGGAUUUCUAGAAACACAGCCUCACAAACAGAACCUUAGUAUUCAUUCCAGAAUUCAUUGUGUCUUUCAUUGAAAUUUCAGUACAUUCAAAAGAAACAUCCAUUGUACGAACAAGUGAAAGAAGAAACAGUCUGGAGUUUGGAACAACUGCAAGAAUACAUCAACAAGACGAGUAACAAUACUUUACCUCCUGACUGGGUGUUUACUAAUUUUACGGUACGAUAUCAACCUCGUAACGAGGUUGUGGUAUGAUUCAAAUGAGCCAAAACGUUAUGCUAUGCCCAUAGUCUUUUACAUAUACAUUUGUUUCUGCUUCCGAAUCCUAUACUUUGUAUGGUAUUGAUGUAUAAUUCUGAUUUCUUUUUUCCGUAGAAACGUAUGCAAGAGAUUAUGUUGCAUUGUUUUCAAAGCGUACGGUACAAACUGAAUAGAAAAUUGGGAUAUUUUGACCUGCUUGGCUUUGAUUUUAUGCUUGAUGAAAAUCUGAACGUAAGUUUUUGAGCGAAAGCGGAAUAAUGGACAUUAAGCAGUCCUAUUGAAGUCGAGGACCUAAAAUCCCCAUGCCCAAAAACUCGUUAUUAACCCAUAUACUUACUGUCUAACAAAUGCUUUAUCCCUGUAUUUGCACGUGAUUUUUUAGGUAUGGCUGAUCGAGAUCAAUGUCAAUCCAGCGCUACAUACGAACUGUAAGAUUUUGUCUGGUGUCAUUCCAGAAUUAGUCGAUACCACUUUAAGUAAGUAUACGUAUUAUUCGGGAAGCGUAGCUGGACCUCACUUUUUAGCAGGGCGAGUAGUCACAUAGUAAGGUACGAAACUAGCCCUCCAGCUAUUCAAAAACAGCAAUGACACUCGAGAGAAGCUAGCUCAGAUUGAACACCCACUUAUUUGAUUGCGAGUGUGCUUUUAGAAUACGGGCGUAAGUACGUAUGUGAUAGGUUAAUCUAGUAGAUUAAAUGCAUCCGAUUGGUUAAUGGUCCCAUAACGGCAGUGGUGGCGUAAGUCAAAUGUAAACCUCACUAUUAUCGCUUGUACGUUACACUUUACAGAACUGGUUUUGGAGGUGUUCGAGAAAAGCAAAAAGAAAGAGAAAAUAAUUCCUUUGGAAAAUCUGGGAAAGUUUCAGUUGAUUUUCAGCGAUGAGAAGAAAUAA